AUGUCCGCGCAGUCGGAUCAUAAUUUACACACUGUUCGCGAUGGCAUGCCAUUACCCAUUGCCACACAAAAGAAAGCUGCCGUCUUGAUCAGCCUCAUUCUCAUCUCCAUAUUCGAGAUCACAUUCGGGGCCAUAUCUCUCCGGUUCAUCUACCGGCAUGAAGGUUAUGGACAUCACGGAGCGUGGACAAGGCCGUGGAAUGAGGACGGCGUCCCUGGCAUGACGGUGUUCAACGGGGUGAUUUCACUCGUAAUCUUCGGCGGCAACGGCCUCUCUGAGUUGCAUCCACGUAAUCCAUACUACUCUCGCCGUAGUAUCAUCCUGGGUGCGUUAGCAAUAUUCAUCUUCAAUUGGAUGUUGUGUACCGAUGCGAUUAAAUCUGCGUGGCAUUUCAUGUCCUUUGGAAGGGAGGACCGUGAUGCAUACUGGCUGGGCGUGUGGACUGUUUGCAUUAUCACCCUCAGACUCUUUAAAGUGUGA